CAGCAGAUUGCUGAGCAAGGUCCUAACAUAGAGCAGUUUAAUGCGAGCUAGAGAUACCGUGCCAAAUAGCUGACGGAAUCUUUUCAAAAUCCAUCUUCAUCCGUGGAAAUUUAAGGAGUACCAAUUUUAAAAACAGCAAGAGCAUAAAGUACAGAGAUUCUUCUUUCCUAUAAACGCCAUAUUGUCGCAAUAUGAUAUUUUUAACAUUUUAAAACAAGAGGCGAAAGAUUGUCGGAGCCGACUUCAUCCGGAGACAGCAUACAGAAGAACAGAUUUUGUCGCUUGAACGGAUCUCCGGUGUCUGCUGGUUGAUUCUAUUCUAGUUGUAAACGGGCUUGAACUUCAAAGCUGACCAUAUUUUGAAUAUUUUGGAGCUAGUGAGCGUGCUUGCUAGCCGACGACAGAUAUAUUAACAUGGAGUUGAGAGUCGGAAACCGAUACAGACUGGGCAGAAAGAUUGGAAGCGGAUCGUUUGGAGACAUAUACUUGGGUACUGAUAUCUCAGUGGGAGAAGAGGUGGCCAUCAAGCUGGAAUGUGUGAAGACUAAACACCCCCAACUCCACAUCGAAAGCAAGAUCUACAAGAUGAUGCAAGGCGGAGUGGGGAUUCCAACUAUAAAGUGGUGUGGUGCUGAGGGAGACUACAAUGUGAUGGUGAUGGAGCUGCUGGGCCCCAGUCUGGAGGACCUGUUCAACUUCUGCUCUCGGAAGUUCAGUCUGAAGACCGUCCUCCUGCUUGCUGACCAGAUGAUCAGCAGGAUUGAAUACAUCCACUCCAAGAACUUCAUCCACCGAGACGUGAAGCCAGACAACUUCUUGAUGGGGCUGGGCAAGAAGGGCAACCUGGUCUACAUCAUCGACUUUGGUCUGGCUAAGAAAUACCGCGACGCGCGCACGCACCAGCACAUCCCCUACCGCGAAAACAAGAACCUGACCGGCACUGCCCGCUACGCCUCCAUAAACACACACCUUGGCAUUGAACAAUCCAGACGGGAUGACUUGGAAUCUCUGGGCUACGUCCUGAUGUACUUCAACCUGGGCUCUCUUCCCUGGCAAGGACUCAAAGCUGCCACCAAGAGGCAGAAGUACGAACGCAUCAGUGAGAAGAAGAUGUCCACCCCCAUUGAGGUCCUGUGUAAAGGCUAUCCCUCUGAGUUUGCCACAUACUUGAACUUUUGCCGUUCUCUGCGCUUUGACGACAAGCCCGACUACUCCUACCUCCGCCAGCUCUUCAGGAACCUCUUCCACAGACAGGGCUUCUCCUACGACUACGUCUUUGAUUGGAACAUGCUCAAAUUUGGUGCCAACAGGGCCGUAGAGGACGCUGAGAGGGAGCGCCGGGAGCGCGAGGAGAGGCUGAGGCACAGCAGGAACCCCGGGGCCAGAGGCAUGGCUUCAGCUUCAGGCAGAGCCAGGGCAGCUCAGGACGCCGCAGCCCCCUCCCCACUCAACCCUGCUUCACACACAGGUAUGGAGAAGGAGAGGAAGGUGAGCAUGCGUCUUCAUCGUGGAGCACCUGUCAACAUCUCCUCAUCAGACCUGACCGGCCGACAGGACACGUCUCGCAUGUCCACCUCACAGGCUCUGUCCCGGGUUACACCAAGCGGCCUCCAGUCUGCAGCUCCGCGGUGAAACAGCCCUACAUCCGCUGAGGACGCCUCGACAUGCAUCACCUGCAGCACACACACUCUCUCACACACAUAUUCACAUAGAUUACCAGGACUCUCAAACGACCCAGAACUGCUCACCAAUGCACCAAGCUCUGCCUGCGCAUCUAUUCACUUCACAGGAGAAGAGAUGCACAGUCAGCAGGUUGUGUAUGUGUGUGUGUGAGAGAUGGAGAGAGAGACUGGCAGGUGGAGACCAGUUUGGUUGCCUUAACAACCAUCUUGGCGAAGUUGAAGCCACAUCAACCCUUCUUCCUCGCUUGUGGAAGAUGUGAAAACUCCUCCUCCUCCCUGCUGUUGAUGAAGCCAUUGAUUCACUUUUCUCUGGCCUAAUGUUUUUUUUCCUCCCAACUUUUGAUUUUACUUGUUUUUAAUCUUUUUAACAGAAAAAAACAUCGACACCAGCUGAUCAGCAUGAAAACGGGGAAUGCAGCGUUUGUUCAAUGUUAACCUGUUGGAUUAAUUUGAUUUCGGUCAGAUGGAGAGUCGCUCCAUCAUGGCAGAGUGCCUAAACUCUGUGUCGUGUAAAAUACUUUGAACCCCGCAGUCCACACCUCCUUAUUUACUUCUUUUGAUGUGAAUGAGACGUUUAGGUAGAAUAAGAUGGGGAAGGAGGCUGUUGUACGAGUUGUGUCCAUGUCCUCAGGUCUGUUGGAAUAUGGUAAACAUGCAGCACAUUUAGUUAGUGUUCAGGUUGUGAGUGGCGUGGGAAAAGCUGUGAAUGGAAGAGUGAGUCAGGAGCUCAGUCUGUCCACACCAAACUUCUUUCUUUCUGACACUAGUGCAUAGUGACGUGGCUUUCGUGUGUUUUUGUGUGGUUGUGUCCUAGGGGUUUCCAUGCUCACAGGUGGGAUAAACAUGUCGAUUUCUUUUUAUAUAAAUAUAUAUAUGAAAGUAAACAUUUUUGUAAGCUUUUACGUCCACAGCAUCUUCAGCCUGAUCCUUGGACCUCGUGUCCCUCUGCUUCCACCCUGAGUCCAAACACCUUUUUUCAUCUCUCCAAAGCACAACUUGUCCAUUUUCUAGAUAAACUUCCCCAUCAGAAGCGGUUUGAAAGGACAGUUUUUCAGGACUUUGGACCCUUGUUUUCACUCUGCUGUAGCUGAUCUCACAGAACCUUUAAGCAGUGCAAUGUGUUGGGGAAAGUAUGAGAAACAUGAACCACCGGAUCUUUUCUCCCUGUUUUCAGGAUCUGGUGGAGGAACAGUUUUAGUUGAUAAUGUCCAACUAAAUUAAUUUGAAGUUCUUAUAAAAAGCGGUUUCAGUCUGUGACACUACUAAUUAACCCAUAUCUUAAUUCACAUAUUUGACUUUGCUGAUGAGAAUAGUGUCGAUUACCAUAAAGAACGUCUUAAAUGUUUCAGUCAGGUUUAAACCCGACUGGGUAAACUUUUUUCAUGGUUUCAUGUGUCAUAAAUGAUUCGAUGACACUGCGGUACUUGAUGGUUCAGAAUCAAACUCUGCAGAGCGUGCUGCGUCAGAUGGCUCCACUCUCCUGUUUACAUAGAAAAUGGACGGGUUUUGCUUCAAGGCCAGCAUCCUGGAAGCAGAGGCGGUUUUAGGAGCUGUGGACUGAGUGCUGCGUAGUGGAAGGUGGCCCCGGCCUUCAGGCUCCUCCUGGGGAUCUGAUCUAAAGUAGGAACUCCUUGAUGUGAUAGACUGAUGAGAAGUGUUUGUAGGAAAUUUUCUGUAGUCGAUGCGGGAAUGGGUUGUAGUUGUAACUUGUACAUGUUCCUUGGUUCUGUUGUUGUGUAUAGGAUGCGCCUGUUUAUCACGUCCUGGUGAGCUGCUGUAGGCUUCUGGGCGAGCUGUUGAUAGAGGGACUGGGAAUGCUUCACUACAUUAGGGUUCCUCUGAAGGAACCUUUUCUUUUCUUGGAAAAUGUAUUUCACUCGUUGACUUGGAAAAACAACUAAAGCGAUAGAAUAACUCGUAUGUCUCACUGAUGAUGGCUAUGAUAAAUGCAAGUACACGUUUCCAUGGAUUGGGUUUUCUGUCGCGGUUCUCAUUCUGUCACCACCAGUCCUAAAAGCUUGUAGGUGUGUUCUGGAUUCAGGUCCCACAUCUUAUAUUGUGGAUUCAUGGGAUUUUCUUUUUCCUUUCACUCCCAUCUUAAUACUUCUGCUCUUCAGUUGUAAUGCCACUGUAUUUGUGUAUUUUAAAAUUGUGUAAAUAAAUUAAAAAGUACUUGUA